AUGCAUUGUCCUCGGGAUUACCUACCUACAUUCUCAGCAGAGAACGCAGGAAGCAUGAAAAGAGGGUGUGCUGGGUUAGAAAUCAGUGAUCAAGUACAAUAG